AGCGAACAUGAAAACUAAAAAGUUGAUUCUUUUAAUUUUUCCUAGAAAGUAAUUGAGAAUGCUUCGAAGAGCUGUUGAUCGGUGGAAACAAUACCGAUAUCGAUUUGUUCCGUGGAUUGCCCUCAAUCUGAAGAACAGAAAAGUUCGAUCUGUGCAAAAAUCAGAUUCGGAUCAGGUGAUCAGUGAUGACGAAGCAACUGCACAACUUCUACACUUCUUGGACGCUCUAGAAAGCGAUGAAUCUCGGACUCCGAGUCCAGCUAUUGAUGAUAAGUUCAACCCUGGACUCAACCCCUGCUCAAAAUGUGGUGCUAUAGAUAAGCAAUAUACUGGGAAAAAGGAGCAGGAAAAUGAUACAGAUGAUUCAGUAGGUGCUCUUAGAUACUCGACCAUAACUCAAUCAAAUUCGUUCUCAAAAUCACUUGACGUUCGAUGGGAAAAUGCUGAGGAAAUGCAUAGAAAAAACUUGAGUAUGGAUCAUGCUGUUGUUGCGAGGAGGAAUCUUGAUAUUAUGUACGAUGAAUUAGGAUUUGUGAUUGAAAAGAGGAAGAGUGACAUCGUAGGUGGAGGAUGUGGUGUGAAGGUCACACGUGGACCGGUGCCAAAACAUCGGAUUAUUGCUCUGUACCCUGGGACUCUGUAUUAUCCAUCCGAGCCGAUUUUCUUCCAAUCUCUUGGGAAUCCAUUCAUUUUUCGCUGCAUCGACCAAAUCUUGAUCGACGGAAAUGAUCAGGGUGUCUCCAAAGUUAUCUACAGGUCUUGUUCUAACCGUGACAGAAUUGGCCCGUACAUGUUGUGCGACCACACCUGGCUGACCGAAAAUACGAUUAAUCCAAUGGCCGUCGGUCAAUAUGUCAACAACCAAACAUCAGGGCGCCCCGCAAAUGUAGCCUACCAAGAGUUUGAUGUCCCCCACGAUUUCCCGUUUGGUUUGAGAAAGUACAUCCCCAAUAUUUACUACAAUCCGUCCACUCCAGACAAACCUCACAGGACAACGAGAACUGUGUUAUUGGUGUCAUUGCGGGACAUCGAGGAAGGAGAGGAAUUGUUUUCAACUUACUACACGGUCGUUCAACGUUAGUUGUUCUAUUCCAAACCACCAUGGACAACUUGUACCUUCAGUUGCUGAAGGGGACUGCAAACCACAAACUUUUUGCAACUGUUUAUUUUUGCGAGUUCUGAAAAUUUCUGAAAAUGCUUUUCUGAAAAUGCUUUAAAUGUCUGUGGAUUUGGUAUUUCUUUCAUAUGUGACCCGCCAUGACGAAACAAGUCGCAUGUCGCUCCGAGCUUGACAGGUUGAGACGGACUGGUUGUUCAUUUCACUGUUGUCUGCCUUUUGUGACAUCUGAGUACAUCAAUUUCUUCUAUUAUGUCCUGGUGUCAUUUUAGGCUCAUCUUCUGCCCGACAUGCGACUCAUUUUGUCGUGGUGGGUCACAUAUUUCUAAUAAAAGAAUUACAUCACGACUCCACCUCGGGGCAAAAUGCACAAUGAAUAAAAAUGUUGCUCCCCUGAAAAGUGCUAGAAGUUGGUUCCAAUAGCAUAAUAUGCUUGUUUGUUUAUAUUUGUUACAACAGUUUGUGUUGAGAAUGAUUAUGGUGAUAUAUGUGACCCGCUCUACCAAAACUAGGCGCUUGUCGCAUCUGAACUUGACAGGUUGAUACGGACUUGUUG